AAGAUGGCGGUUGACUGGCUCGGGUUUGGAUAUGCGGCGCUGGUGGCGUCAGGAGGCCUGCUUGGUUAUGUCAAAGCCGGUAGUGUGCCUUCUCUAGCAGCUGGUCUGUUCUUCGGGAGCGCAGCUGGGUUUGGUGCCUACCAGAUCACUCAAGACCCAAAGAACAUAUGGUUGUCUCUGAUUGCUUCAGGAGCACUGACUGGAGUAAUGGGAAUGAGAUUUUACAAUUCAGGAAAGUUCAUGCCAGCUGGUUUAGUCGCAGGAGCAAGCAUUCUAAUGCUUGGAAGAAUUGGUCUCAAAAUAUUUGAAAAACCCCAUGAGUCAUGAACCAGUAUCUUUUCUUCAAGGGAGUUUUGUAUAGAUGAAUUUUGAAUCACUGAUUAUGUUUGACCGUUAUCAUGUAAACUUAC